AUGAUUGAACCAUCAUUAAAAGCAUUAGCUUCCAAGUACAAUUGUGAAAAAUCUAUUUGCCGUAUCUGUUACGCUAGAUUACCACCUAGAGCAACCAACUGUCGUAAGAGAAAGUGUGGUCACUCCAAUCAAUUGAGACCAAAGAAGAAGUUGAAGUAA